AACUCGGCGCUCAAAUACUGUGAAACUAUUCACUCUAAUUUAGACGAAAGUUCCUAUAUAUGAGUACUUACAAUAUAUGUAAUAUGAAUGUUAAACCUGCAUCAAUACAAAAAUGUAAACAUAUGAUAUUAUUUUUAUUAUUAUCUUCAUUAUUUCAACCAUUAUUAAAAACAGUGGUAUUUUUUAAUUCAAAUGUAUAUUUUGUAACUGGUCAGAUUGUAAAUAUACCUCAUAAAUUUAACUAUCAAUUUAGUAAAUCCUUUUCAACUAGUAUAAAGCCAAGAAAAAUAUUCUAUCAACCUUUAAUAAUUUCAUUUAUAUCAAAAUUGGAUUAUAAUAGUGAAUUUAAACGAAGACAAACAAGAAGUAUAUCAGUUAGAUCUCUAACUACAUCAAAUAAAUGUCCACAAAGUACUUCAAAACAAAAAAAUACAUUCCUAUGGAAAAUUUCCACUAAGCCAACUUCAUUCCUUUUUGGUACAUUACAUGUAGCUUAUACACAUGUUUGGUCACAAAUUGAUCCUGUUGUAAAAGCAAGUUUUGCUCAAUCAGAUAUUGUCUAUUUUGAACUAGAUCUAACUAAUCCUGUUACAUUAGCUGAAUUGAGUGAUUGCCAAGUGUUACCGAAAAAUCAAACAAUCACAAAUCUACUUAAACCAGAUUUAAUUAAACGUUUAGAUCGAUAUAUAAAUAACCUUCGUCAUACGAUUAGUGCAUGGAUCGAGCCUGAAAAGCAAGUUUUCGCAUCAUAUCUAUAUGAGACAUUGACAAAAGAUUGGAAAGAAAAAAGACCUAUAUGGCUUUUAUUGUUAUUAAAUAGUUUAACAAGGAGUGAAAUAUUCGAUCGAGGUGUACCCGUACUGGAUUUAUUUCUAGCACAAGAAGCCCAACGACUAGGUAAACAACAUGGUGCAGUGGAACAAGUAAAUGACCAAUGUGAACCAUUAAACCGAAUAAAUGUUCAUCAGGUAACAUUUGCACUUGAAAUAACAUUGAAUAAUUUAGAGAAUGCUAAUCACCCUAUGAAACAUCUGACUAACCAUUUUAAUAAUGUUAAUCAUAUUGGUCAUGUGAGUCAUAAUAGCAGCAACAAUAAAAAAUAUACAUCAAACACAAAAGUUUUAUUCAAUACAUGGAAUAGACAAAUAAAUGAUACAUUAAUUACAAAUCAAAAACGUAGACCAAUUCAACAGACAGAUGUAUUCAAUAGUCCAACAGAACAGUUAAUUGAACAUUAUAAUUGCGGUGAUUUGAAUGAAACAUUAACUAGGAUGUCUUUAACACAAACUACACCAUCAGAUUCUGCGUUAUUGUCGACUUCGUCGUUAGAUCACAUUACAACAAAGAAUGAAACAAAUACAAUGCCCCUUAUUACUAUGAUUCGUAAAAACGCUACGGCACAACAACUGAAAUUUUCCAACAAGGUGAAUAACAUUUCUAAACGACAUAACUAUCGUACCCAAUCAUUACCAUCAUCACAAUCAACGCCAAGUUACUUCAUUGACAAAGAAAUAAAGAACUUGUUAAGUCCGAGUGAAGUUCAAACGCUUAUUGAUUUGGAAAAGUAUUUAAAUGAAGAACUGAUAGUUAGACGUAAUGAGCGAAUGGCUUAUGAGAUUAUCAGUAAAUUAAAACUUGCUGAAUCAUUAAAUCAAUCAGCAUUUUUUGCAUUAGGCGCAGCACAUUUUAUAGGAAGUGGAGAGACAAUUAUUGAUCAUCUACGUAAGGCUGGCUACAUCAUCAUUCCAGUUCCACAACAGAAUACAAUAAGAAGUGAAGAGAGAAUAGGUGAAAUUUCAGAAGAACCAUUAAAAUUAGAAAAAUUCAACAAGAUUUCGAAGUAGGUGUAUAAGAGAACUUUGAUAAAUUAUUUUAUACGUUCAUAAAUAAACAUUUAUUAGUAGAAAAAGAAGUUAAUUUAAGCUUUGCAAUAAAACAGAAUAAUACAUUAGAGCUAUAUAGUCGUACUUUCAUUAACGAAGUAAUUAUGUGAAAUUUUCUUUAUAUGCAAAUAAAGAUUCAACGUAUUUUAUGAACUAUUAAAUUAAAGUUUUAUUAGUGGUAUAUCGUAUUUACAGUUGGUUAUCGCCAAUCACAACAUUAUACAAUAACUUCCUAAUUCACUUAUAAAAUUGAGUUGUUCUCAUUUAAAAUACAACAGAGAAUAAUGGAUGAGCUAGACUAUACAAGGUCAUAUUUCUUGAAUGAAUCACAGAAUAUGUAUUGGCAACUUUCUUACCGAAUGAUGACAUGUCACUGUGCUUAAAACUGAGUCAUUCAGAGAGAAAUAAGUGGAUUAAUUUUGAAGUAACUGUAGAGAAAGAUCUAUAGUACAAAAAGGCUUCCAGUCAUAUUGCCACCACACUAUUGCAGAAAAUGCUAGAUUCCCAGAAAUCAGUAGUCAAACUUCUCAUUUUUGAAAUGUAUUUAUGAAAAUUUUAUACCUCUCAUUCUCGCGCCAAAAGCACCCAUUUUACUUUUAGUUUGUGUUUCCUACCUGAAAGGAACUUCAACAUAACUGGUUAGUUUUCCUUUUAAGUACACUAAUUUGUGACACUUGUAUUGUAUAUAUAAGCACGAGUUGCGUGUUUGUUGUUCGCUUUUCCAACUUGCUUGUGGGAUUAUACAUUUUCCCGGCUGGAUCUAGUCGUCUUCCUCUAGUUAACAGGGUUGGGGUUGGUCGUGAAAUUUUUAUCUUGUCCUUCUGUUGUGUUGCUGACUAUCAUUAUGUUCACCGGACCUAAGUGACAUUUUAAUCCCUCGAACAUAGCAACUAUUCAAGUAUUUUUCAUUCACAAAUAAAAGCGUAGAUUAUAUGACAAAUACUAACAAAAUUUAUGACAUUAAGGAUUCACGGAGUUAUUACGUAAUCAACCCAACAUUUUAAACAAUGAUAUUCUCAUCAGCUAUAUCUAUACCAAAUUAUUUUGAUUCGUGAUUAACUUGACAAAAAUAAUGAAUGAACUGCAUUAAUAGAUCCCUGUUAUUUGUUUAACAGAUCGAAUUUACUUUUUUUUAAUGCUAUGCAUAUUGACUAAAUAAAGGUAUACAAGUGAUCCCAAGUUCAUCUAAUAUCGAUGUUUCUGCAUGAAAAUGAUUCCGUUUUUGGUCAAAUAUGGAAUACUUAAAUGAAAUGCAAAACUUAAAGUUCAGAGCAAAGUAAAUAGUAAAAUAUCAAUUAUUUGGAGUUUCAAUCUAAUAAAUGCCAUCAAUUAAAUAACUUUACUUAGACAAAAACAUUGACCGGGUAGAAUAAAUAUAAUUCAAUAAAAAAUCUAAUUCGAUACUGAAGUAUUAACUGAUAUUUGUUAUCUCAACUAGUAAAUAUAUUUGGGUUGUAUGUGUAAGUUUUGGUCUGAAAUAAAGACAACAAUUCAUACAACAAGAACAAUUAAAAAAUGGAAGACUGUCUUUCAACCAAAUAUGUCGAUGAGAAAAUAAAGAUAUCUAACAAUAAAACAACAAAAGUAAUCUGACAAAAACAAACACUAAAAUAUUCCACAACGCUUCAGAGCAAAUGUUUAUCUAAAUUUGAUAAGUAACAAUCUUCUAGGCUGGAAUCGAAUGGUCAGUAUUUUAACUGUUUGAUAUUAGGUAAACUAUACUUUGUUCUUUAUUUAUAUUGUAUAAAACUGAUUAGGUUUACUGGACCAACUAUAAACUCGGAUUAAACGAAUGUACUAAAUAACUAACCUAUUUUUUAAAAACAGUUUAAUCACUUUUAAAAUAUACUGAAAUAAUGAGUAAGGAAAAUGAAUAGAAAGCGUACUUCUCUACAGCAGAAACUAUUUUGAGCUCGCGAUAAAGAUGAUAAUCGUUUAAUCUUCAGUAAACUUCGAUUCUCAACUGUAAACAAUAAGACCCCACGCUAUGGAACUAAAUCAGCAACUAUUAAUUUGAUAAGGUUACUUUAUUGAUGAAAAGUUAACAAGCAAAUAUCGCGAUUGGUGAAUAUAUAUUUUCUCUAAUAAUUACAGUAUUUUGUUUAUCAAGGAAACAAACAGAACUGAACGAUGGUAUAUUUCCUAUUAGAGAACAAGAUGUCCCCGAAUUCCGGCCGAAAUAUGUGAAAUUUGAUAACUCAUGGAUUAAAAUCGAAGACUUUAAACCAAGAACUUUGGUUAACUACGAUCAUAUAUCUACGUCUAAUAUGGUUAAACAAUCGUCCAAACUAUUAGCACUAGAAACAAAUAUGAAGUAUUCGAUGACUAAAACCAAACGACUUCAGCAGCUACAACAUACCAAUAAACACAACGCAAAGAAUCAAGAAAGUUUACAAUUACUAGUUAGCGCAUCAAACAGACUACAACUUAAGUUAGCGAUAAGAACAAACAGAAACAUUAUCACGAACCAAUGUAUAUUAUUUUAUACAGCGUAUAUCUUAAAACUAUUCUAAAUACAAUCUUUGAUAUAAUAAA